AUGCCGUCGAUCAAACUCGACCCCGCACAGUCGAAACUACAGCAGCAGCAGAUCCCGAUUUCUGCGACAAUGGCCACGUCCCGACAAGGCUCGCGGACGUUUGUGGACGUGCUGGACGUAGUCGGCCACGCUCUGCGGGUCCUGACGAGCCACGUGCGCUCCAAAGUCGCUGCUUCAGGCGUCGUCACGCCUUCCAUUCCCCGCUCCUUGUGCGUGGGAAUCCUCGUGCUGCUGCUCGUGCUCUCGAGUCUCGGUCGACUCGAGCUCUGGAUGGCAUGUGCCGGUCUCGUUAUGGUCGCACUGAGCGUCGUUAGCGCUAUUCACGAGUUAAAGCUCUCUAAAAUAGUGCCCUCGUCGUAUCAAGACUUGCUCGAGCACCACAAGAUGGAGCCAUGUAGCCAUUUGGUCCUGCUGCCGCAGCUCGCUCCUUCUGUCAAGAACCGCGUAGCUCUAAGGCCGCCAAGUAGUAAGGACGUUAUGGCUACCACGACGACGCUAAACAUUGCCACGUCAGCGUCGAGUUGUAGUCCGGCAACUGUUGUGCAGGAGGAGACAGAUCGACGAGACUGUCGUGGCCCUUUGAAGACCGUAGCCAUUCAUUCAAGCGCUGAACUGUCCUCUGCAGCUGUUGGAAGCUGCAACAGCACUCCGGACGGACAUAACAAGCUCGACGUGCUGCACUGCGGCACGGUCAUUGACAUCCAAGGGGCUCACGGCUUUAUUAUCCCACACGAUAUCGGCGUGGACGCUAAUGCUGUCGACAAGAGUCCGGUACAAAGCCGCUCCGUGUCAGGAUGUGACUUCCGACCGGGGAAGCAGCACAAGAUGCCGUUCGUGAUCCCGUUCAAGCUGAACGAAGAGCAGACAGCUGCACGUCAGGACAUUGCAGUAGGCAAGACAGUUGAGUUCGCGUACUCUCAAGUUGCAGCUGCUGCUACCAGCUCGCCAGCGCUUGUGUGCGCUCGCAACGUCACGCCAGUAUGCACCGACGACGGCAUUCGGAAGAGCCGCUCGGCACUUCAAUCUUGCAAGCAGGCGCGCGAGGUAUCGUUUGCGCGAGCGAUGGAAGAACUCACGAUGAUUUCGCUUCGCCACGUGCCAGUGAAGCACCACGUGGACCUAAUCAAGUACGCUGAGAAGCUUGAUGACCAGGGCGAGACUCGUUUGAGCCAGUGGAUUUAG